AUGCGCACGCACCCUGCGUACCUGCGCAGGCGGGGAGCCGCAAAGUGGUCCAGUGGGAAGGAUACGUACGAGCGAAUCAAGACACCAGCCAUCGGCUCUCACCUCUGCGACGCGGAUUGUGCUUCUCAUCUGACCAUCGGAAGAGUUCGUCUCCCAGGUCCCCUCUGCCUGAUUCCAUAUUUUGCGCACCUUGGCAGAGUUGAGAACAGCCAGCUCGCAGAGUCCCGGGAUCUAGCGAGGAACGAGGGGCCCGAGUGUGCCGUGAACGUGAACUCUGAGUGGACACGGUCUGGUUAUGUCCAUCACCUUCCACUGGACAUUCACACCAGACCCUAUAAAGAUAAAAUCCCCCCGAAAAGUGAGCAAUUUGGAUUCGGUGGAGAUGUCAAAAGUGAAAUCCUCAACCACAGUGUUCCUAAAGCCCCCUUCCCAGCUGGGAGACAGACCCAGGGGCUUGGGAACAGGGGUGGGAGUGACAGUGGAUGGGGGAAAGGGUGGAGACACCCUCAUCACGAACCUCCCCAGAGAGCCUGCCCCCGGGGCUGCAGCCUCCCUCGCACCCCUUUCGCGGGGCGGGGCUCGGGCCCGAGGCGCGCGAGGGCGGGAGGGUGCUCCGCGCGCCCACCAGAGGGCGCCAGAGCGUCUCUGCGGGUGCCGGUCCCUCCACGGCUUCCUGCGUCCAGACUGCUCCUGGGUCGCAGGUGUGUGGGCAGGGCUGUCAUCCGUUGGUCGCAACUCCAUGAGGACAGAGCUCCCCCUCCACUUCCCCGAAGGAGGAAGGACACUAAGAAGGCAGGGAAGUGCCCGCAGCAGCCACCUCGCCACCACGACUCCCAUGGGGGCCUGGAGGUGGGGAGAAGCCGCGUGCCGGAGAGACGUCGGCUUUCGUUCAAAACUGAAGUGCAGGGCUUCCCUGGUGGCGCAGUGGUUGAGAGUCCGCCUGCCGAUGCAGGGGACAGGGGUUCGCGCCCCGGUCCGGGAAGAUCCCACACGCCGCGGAGCGGCUGGGCCCGUGAGCGAUGGCCGCUGAGCCUGCGUGUCUGGAGCCUGUGCUCCGCAACGGGAGAGGCCACAGCAGUGAGAGGCCCGCGUACCGCAAAAAAAAAAAACCUGAAGUGCGAUUUACAAACACACCCUCCAGGCGAGCUGCGCAGCAAGGGGGCCGCAGAGAUAACGAGGCGGGGCCCCCACGCCCACUCAGCCCUCCCUCCGGAUGGGGUGACGCACGUGCCGUGGGCGCCCAGGCCCGCGAAUCGUCCGCUCCGCCCAGCGCGGUCGGGAGGGGUCACUGAGCCCUGCACCGGCUGCGGCCCAGGCUGGAGAGAGGCAGCGGGACCAGCAGGGAGGGGCAGGGACGAGUCCCAGGCGGAGCUUGGGUGGGCCGGGCGUCAAGCCCCACAGCGGCUCGGGGCCCCCAGGGGAUGGGUCCCCGGUAACCUAAGUCAGGCUGGGGAAGCUGGACUUUAUUCAGUGGCCUGAGAAACCAGCAGCGGUGUUGGAGCUGGGGGGCGAUUGACCAGGUCCGGCCUGGCCUUGGCUGUCACCAUGGCUGGCUGGGUAGGAGGGGGCAGUUUGCCACCGUGCAGCCCGGGAGGUGGGAGGAGACACUCACCCCCAGCGGGUGCUUAGUGGAAAAUGUUUUGCAGGUUGCGAUGCCGCGUUUCUGCAGUUCUCCAGAUCUUACUGAAUUUCAGUGUCAGGUUCUUAACGCGCGCAUCUCGGAGUUCUGAAGUACACUUGAGGCUUUCUGCCAAGACAUGUAACAUCAGCCCCAGGAGGAAGAGCGGAGAAGAGGCCUCCAAGGGCGGUCUCCUGUUCAGAAAUUAAAACGGAAGAGUUUGAAAGCAAAGAGCUCAGAUACAGGGGGUGGGCUGAACUCAGCUGGUUUGACACUAUGAACCAAGAACGCCAAUCUUUUUCAAAGUCAAGGGUAAGCGUAAAUCAGAACAUAGAUUUAGCAUAGUUUGCAGCCUUGCAGCGUUCCUACUCGGUAGAGCUUUUAACUCCUGGCCUCCCCGAGGUCCGGCAGAAUACGAUAAUGUUUUAACAUUUCUUCUGACUUGGCUCCUUACCCUGCGAAUGUCCCACAGUGCCCGGCUGUCCUCAUCCUCACGUGUGUUGAAUGAAUGGUGACCACCCCGAAGCCCUCCUCGUGGGGAAGGCGGAUGUAAAGAGGUGGAGAGCAAUUUUUCCUCCUGGUUUCAAGAUGCUAAUACAGUGCACUGAGGUAGAGUCUGUAGCAGGUGGUGGGCAGGGACCGUGGGGCUUCUGGACUCUGGUGCGUAGUUUUCCAUUUGCCACUUUUGUGCAAGUAAGUAAGCCACUGAACCUCAGUUUUCUUCACUUAUCAAAUGGGAAUAAUCUAUACUGAACAGACCUCCUAAGGUUAUUAUGAGGAUCGAAAGGAAAAUUUGUAGUGAACGCACAAAGCGUGAGGGUAAAGCUAUUGAUUGUAUGGAAUGUUGUGGACAGAUGUGCGGAGUUAUGACGUUAGUCAUGGGUCAGUUGCCCUUGAACAUGUGGAAAGACAGAAACUAGCGAAUUUGCCUAGAAAUGAUGCCCAAAUAGGUAAGCAAAAAUAAAUUAAUCACACUCUUGUGUUUCUCGUACGGGUUCACUGUACUGAUUUCAAACCACAGGCGUCUGGCCAACGACAGCUUUUUUUUCUCACCUCCAAACUUUUCUGUUGGUUUCUGCUGUUGUGCUAUUUUUAUUAUGGAAAAUUUCAAACAUCCCCUUACUCCCUUCUAUUGUUCCCAUUUCUCCCUCUUUGUUUGCUGGAGGAUCCCAGACGUUGUCCUUCCAUCCACGAAUGCCUGCAUGUCUGCCAAACAUCUUGCAAGAGCAGCUCUCUCGGCGGCCUCCAUCCACUCCCUCACCUUCGGCACCGCUCUGCCCAGCCCCGCCCCGCCAUGGAGCCUGUUUUAAGAAUCACCGAGGACGUCAUCCAGAGACCAUUUCACAAUCUCAUCCUCAGCUUCCGACACUGUUGAAUGGAGACCGCUGAGCCAGGCACUGUCAGAGUGUAAGCUCAGGAGGUAGCUUCGUCUUGGUAACUGAUGGAUUCUGAGUACAUACCUGGCACACAGCAGAUGCCCAAUAUUCGCUGGGUGACGACAAAUCAACGUUGGCGUCCCACGUGUUGUGGCUCCUGACGCGGCGGGUAGAUGAUGGACCUGGUUCCUUCCGUAACAAGGGAGUGAGCAAAGCUCUACAAGAACAGAAAUCCCAGUGUCAGGACUGCCUGGUAGGUGCAGUUGAGGAAACCAGUGCUGCCGUCCCAGAGAAAUGCAAGAAUAAUAAGCUGGAUAAGACGAUACUGACAUUUACAGUUUUUGAAACAAACUGAGAAACUGCCUUGCAAAAAGAGUCUAUCAUUAUAUCCUGCUACCAUGUGACUAUAACAACCUCAUAUUGGUGUGCCUCCAGGUCGCAGCGCUGCACUACAUCUUGGCACACUGAAGAGAACGGACAUAAAACUAAUAAUUUGUCCAGAAGUUUAUGAACUAGAAUGCUAGACUUCUUACACAACUUAAAGUGGAGUCUCUUCCGGUCCAAUGGACAGAAAUCCUUCUCUUGCAGGAAGUUUCUGAGGCACUUGCAGCAGAAGGUAUGUCCACAGGGGGUGUCUAGUGGCUGCAGCAGAGGCUGAAGGCAAAUGUGGCAGACCAGGUCGUCAUCCACUUCAUCCUGGUAAUUGUAUAAGUGGUUUUCUCGUGUCCAGUGCUGCUGGCCGCAUUCAAAACACAGAGGAUUGAAGGAGGAGGAAGAGGUCUGCUCCACAGACACCAUCUCAUCGUUUGUCGUUCCCAUUUUGAAUCAGCGGAAGCAGUUUCUGUAUCUUCAUACAUUAGACUUCCAUUAAAGGUUUGAUCUUUAAAAGACAGUGAUGUAUUUGACUAAAACCCAGGUCUGUUUUUCUAGACUAGACAAAACAAAACAAAACAACCAGAAAAGUAAUUACUAUCAAUCAACACAGGCUAAAAGAAUCAACAUAAUAUUACUAUGUUGAAUUCUUUUUUAGUAAAAAAUCAAAAUGUACAUCAGGGAAUAAAUUAGUCAUAAAAACAUAAAAAUGACAUUAACUAAUUUGCUUGUUGGCUAAGGAUGACUUACCUUGCCAAGUUCUUGGUGAAAAAAGAACUUAGGAUUAAAAGCAAAGAUGACAUAUUAAUAUGUGGUGUGACACAGGAAACAAUUUGUUCUACUGACUGAAAUCCCCUGACACUUCACUGCUUAAUGGUGGUUUCAACGCCAGGUAACCUACGUCGUGUGCUAAUAAUGCAAUCUGAGGUAUAUUAUGUGAUAAAUUUGCACUUGCCGUCCCAGUCAUGGUGCCCUGCUCUGACCGAUCUUACACAUUUGUAGUGCCGUCCCAAAAAUUACGUCUCUGAAAUGUAGUCUCAAGGAUAAUCCAGUGUCUUAAAAAAAUGACCUCUACUCUACACUGUUUGGGAGAAACUGGAUUUCAAAAUAUAUAUGUAUGAUUUGAAUAUUCUCUCCCUAUAAUACAGAUUGCAGAAAGAUAGAUCUGCACAGCAUAUAUAAAUAACAUCUCUGCAAACUCCACAAACUUCAAUACUAUUUCAUGCCAUUAAGAGAAAAAACCCACUGAUGCAAUUUUAAUAUUAACUUUUAAAGGUGACAGGGUAAUCUAAGACACAUCUUUAGGCUUUAUUCAUAUGUACAUCAGGGUAUUAUGAGUCAAGAGGAUCCUGAGUGCUGUUCUCGACUCUGGAAGACUCUUAUUUAAUUGAAACUGUCUGUUCACAAAGCAGUAACUUUGUCUUAUUCCUGUUGGGCUGACCCCGAAGAUGAGUGUGAAGUACAGUGUGUGUGGGUGAAAACAGAGUUUUGGAAUUGAGCUCCUUGCCUGUAAAUGU